GCCGCCGCCUGCCCCCCGCAGGUAGUGGUGUCGAGCGCCGAGCCCCGAGAACCGCGCUGGGUGAGGGGCCGCUGGUGGCGGCGCAGUCUCGGUAGGCGUUAUGAGUUUGGCUGGGGGCCGGGCCCCUCGGAAGACCGCGGGGAACCGGCUUUCUGGGCUCCUGGAGGCAGAGGAGGAAGAUGAGUUCUACCAGACGACUUAUGGGGGUUUCACGGAGGAAUCAGGAGAUGACGAGUAUCAAGGGGACCAGUCAGACACAGAGGAUGAGGUGGAUUCCGACUUUGACAUUGACGAAGGGGAUGAACCGUCCAGUGAUGGAGAAGCGGAAGAGCCGAGAAGGAAGCGCCGGGUGGUCACCAAAGCCUACAAGGAGCCUCUCAAGAGCUUGAGGCCUCGAAAGGUCAGCACCCCAGCUGGUAGCUCUCAGAAGACCCGAGAAGAGAAGGCACUGGUACCACUAGAGCUACAGGAUGACGGCUCUGACAGUCGGAAGUCCAUGCGUCAGUCUACAGCUGAACAUACACGACAGACAUUCCUUCGGGUGCAGGAGAGGCAGGGCCAGUCGCGGCGGCGGAAAGGGCCCCACUGUGAGCGGCCACUGACCCAGGAGGAGCUGCUCAGGGAGGCCAAGAUCACAGAGGAGCUCAACUUACGUUCCCUGGAGACGUACGAGCGGCUGGAGGCUGACAAAAAAAAGCAGGUUCAUAAGAAGCGCAAGUGCCCUGGGCCCAUAAUCACCUAUCACUCAGUGACAGUGCCGCUGGUGGGGGACCCAGGCCCUAAAGAAGAGAACGUGGAUGUGGAGGGACUUGAUCCUGCUCCCACGGCCUCUGCAUUGACUCCCAGUGCCGGGACCGGACCCGCCGUCCCUCCUGCUCGCUGCUCACGGACCUUCAUCACUUUUAGUGAUGAUGCGACAUUUGAGGAAUGGUUUCCCCAGGGGCGGCCCCCAAAGGUCCCUGUUCGGGAGGUGUGCCCAGUGACUCAUCGCCCAGCCCUGUACCGGGACCCUGUCACAGACAUACCCUACGCCACUGCGCGAGCCUUCAAGAUCAUUCGUGAGGCCUACAAGAAGUACAUCACUGCCCACGGACUGCCGCCCACGGCCUCGGCCCUGGGCCCGGGCCCUCCACCUCCUGAGCCCCUCCCCGGCUCUGGGCCCCGAGCCCUGCGCCAGAAAAUCGUCAUCAAGUGAAGAGAUGUCCUUCCGGACCGUUCCUACCCUGACGUGGGGCUCUCCAUGUCCUCGCUCCUCUCCCUGCAUCUCCCUUUGUCAUCUCUGAUCUUCUCCCAGCCGUUUUCUGUAUUUCUUUCCCUAGUUCCUACUGGUUUUGUUUGUGUUUUUUAAUCUAAUAAAAUAGAAAGAUCC